AUGAAGCUCCUUGCUACUCUCGUCGCCUGUGGUCUGUCUGGACUGGCCCUGGCUGCUCCUACAGCUACUAUUGAUUCACUGCAGAAGCGUGGCCCCAACGAUGCUGCCUUUGGUUACGCCAGCUUGAACGGAGGCACCACCGGCGGUGCCGGCGGUACUACGACCACCGUCUCCUCCUACGCAGCCUUCACUGCUGCCGUCUCCAGCGACGCUAAGAAGGUGGUCUAUGUCAGCGGCCCCAUCAACCAGAGCGCCAAGCAGGUCAAGGUUGGCAGCAACACCAGCAUCAUCGGCAAGGACUCCAGUGCUGUGCUCGAGGGAUUCGGCCUGCUGGUCAAGGAGAAGUCCAACGUGAUCAUCCGCAACCUGGGAGUCAAGAAGGUUCUGGCUGAGAAUGGAGAUGCCAUUGGCGUUCAAUACUCCAACAAUGUCUGGAUUGACCACGUCGAUGUCUCUUCUGACCGUGACCACGACAAGGACUACUACGAUGGUCUGAUUGAUCUCACCCACGCCGCCGACUACGUGACCAUCUCCAACAGCUACAUCCACGACCACUGGAAGGCGUCCCUGGUCGGCCACUCCGACAACAACGGCGGCGAGGACAAGGGCCACCUGCGCGUUACCUACGCCAACAACUACUGGAGCAACAUCAACUCCCGUGCUCCCUCCCUCCGCUUCGGCACCGGCCACGUCUACAACAGCUACUUCGAGAACGUCAGCGACGGCAUCAACACCCGCGACGGCGCCCAGGUCCUCGUCGAGUCCAACCAGUUCGUCGGCUCCAGCAAGGCCCUCUACUCCACUGACGACGGCUACGCCGUUGAGAAGGACAAUGACUUUGGCGGCGCCAAGAACACUGCCCUGAAGGGUACCCUGACCACGGUUCCCUACUCUUACUCUCUGGUUGGAUCCAGCAAGGUCAAGUCGGCCGUUGUUGGAACGGCUGGUCAGACUCUGAAGUUUUAG